CAUCCUACUUUUUUUGUCCUUCAACUUUCACUUGAUUCGACGAACAUGAAGUCUCUUGCAACCUCCCUCGCAGUGGCUGCUGCAUUCUUAUCAUCUUUUGUCUUGGCCCAAGACGGUACACCCACUAUCGUUCAGGGCGGCACUAACCCUUAUACUUGCGACCCAACAAAGUGUAUUGCUCCCAAAUGCAUGUGUGCUUCCCAAACACCCCCUGGAGGCAUUAAGCCCGCCGAUGCCCCGCAAUUUGUUACCAUCACUUUUGACGAUUCCGUUCAACCUGAGCUACUCCAAACUGCUUACGAUCUCCUCAAUGUCCAAAAUCCCAAUGGUUGCAAAGCCAAGGGCUCAUGGUAUGUCUCUAUGAUGUACACUGACUUUUCUUUGGUCCAAAGCUGGUUUGCUCAAGGCAAUGAAGUGGCCGACCACACUUUCACUCAUGUUGGAACUCCUUCUGCACAGGAAAUUCAAGCUGCUGCUGAUAUGUUGAAGGCUUAUGCUGGUGUUCCACAUGGCAUGCUGAAAGGUUUCCGCGCUCCUUUCUUGAACUACACCGCUGAUACUCUCAAGGAAAUCGCUGCUCAAGGCUUCUUGUAUGACACUUCUGCUACCGCUGUCGUUGAUGAUUGCUACUGGCCGUAUACUUUGGACAAUGGUCUAGCUAAUGAUUGUUGGACAGGUAUCUGUAACCCUGGCACCGUCAAUCUCCCUGGCGUUUGGGAAGUGCCCAUGUACGCUGUCUUAGACAAUGCCAGUAUCCCUCAACUUAUGGAUGUGUACCUCGCCGGUACCCCUGCUGAUGUUACUACCUGGUCUCAGACUAACUUUGAUCGCCAUUACAACGGCAACCGUCAGCCUUUCGGUAUCUAUGUUCACCCUACCCAUUUGACUAACUAUGCUGGUUUGCCUGAUGCCACUGCACUUAAGAGUGGUGUUGUCAGCUUCAUUCAAAGCUUGGCUUCCAAGCCCGAUGUCUGGUUUGUCACCAACGAUCAACUUCUUCAAUGGAUGCAAAACCCUGUUCCUGCUUCUCAACUUGCAAGCCAAUCCUACAUGCAAUGCUCAAAGCCUGUUACUCCCAAGGAAAUUUGCAACGGUCUUGAAAACCUCAACUACAAUUCCACUGUGGUCACUGGCGAUCUCAUCAAUGCUUGUAACUUCAACACUUCCAAUUUCGCUACCUGCUUCAAUUGCCCCGGCUCAGCUCCCUCUUUGCAAACCCCAGUUCCUGCCUCUGGUGUUGCAAAUGGCACCGCUGGUUAUCGCACUCCUUUGCCUGAUAACUGCAAUCCACUCUGGUGGGAUCCUGUUGCUGGACAGUGUUUGUGUACUACCUCAUCCUGCGCUUACCAAGAUACUUCCGUGCCUAAGCAACAGAACAGCACCAACGGUACUACCAGCGGAUCAGCAUCUCCUUCUACCUCAGGAACGGCCGCCAGCAGCGCCGCCCCUGGUCCUGUUGCUGCUACCGCUUUGACCAUGGCAGCUGCACUUUUGACCGCCUUCAUUUUGUAAAAAGAUAAACCCAUCUUUUCUUUUCGUUUUCUAGAAUAGAAGCACACCACACUAGCAUAUUUGUUUUGCGUUAUCACCACCCAUAGUACAAAGAUCUUUGCCCCAACCUGCUAUAGUAUAAUAAAAUGUAUGCAAGUUUACUAAAUUAUUAAACGGAGAAGCAUAUCCACAAUAAACGGAAUGUAAAUGAUGUAUUGCAUG